AUGGCGCAGCGAUUUCCGGUGGCUGCCGGUGGGCUACCGCAGCGGUAUGGUUCCCCCGUAGCCAACCCACCUUUUAUGCGUCCGUACGGUCCAGGAAAUAGUUUCGGGAUGAGUGGAGGUCCGCCAUUGGCAACACAACUACCGCACCAGCGGCCGAUACAUGGCGGAUUUCAAGCAACCACUAGCAGAGGUUCCGGUGGAUCGGGCGGCAGUAGCAAACGCGGUGGAGUCGAUCGCAAUGCAUCCCAUACGAAGGCAACUGAUCCCCAGGCCAGGAAACGGAAGAAGCUGGCCGAUAAGAUACUACCGCAGAAGGUACGCGAACUGGUGCCGGAAUCGCAGGCCUACAUGGAUCUGCUUGCCUUUGAGCGUAAGCUGGACGCAACGAUCACACGCAAACGGCUCGACAUACAGGAAACACUCAAGCGGCCCAUGAAGCAGAAGCGCAAGCUGCGGAUCUUCAUCUCCAACACGUUCUAUCCGGCCCAGCAGGAGGGUGAUGCGCUCAAUCCCAGCAUGCCGCGGGUGGAACCGUCCUGGGAGCUGCGCGUCGAAGGUCGCCUCCUGGAGGAUACCGGCAAACCGGACGGGUUAAAAAUGAAGCGCAAGUUUAGCAGCUUCUUCAAGUCGCUCGUAAUCGAGCUGGACAAAGAUCUGUACGGGCCAGACAACUAUCUGGUCGAGUGGCACCGGACGCACACCACACAGGAAACGGACGGGUUUCAAGUGAAGCGUACCGGAGAUAGGAAUGUGCGCUGCACCAUACUGCUGCUGCUCGACUACCAGCCGCUCCAGUUUAAGCUUGAUCCACGGCUUGCCCGCCUGCUCGGCGUCCACACGCAAACCCGGCCCGUCAUCAUUUCGGCCCUGUGGCAGUACAUCAAAACGCACCGGCUGCAGGAUGCGCACGAGCGUGAGUACAUUGCGUGCGACAAGUAUCUGGAGCAAAUCUUUGGUUGCCAGCGGAUGAAGUUUGCCGAGAUACCGCAGCGCCUGAAUCCGCUGCUACACCCGCCAGAUCCGAUCGUGAUCAAUCAUGUGAUUGUGGUCGAGGGCGGGGAAGGGCAGGACGGUAAGCAGACCGCCUGCUACGAUAUCGACGUCGAGGUGGACGACGCGCUCAAGCACCAAAUGAAUAGCUUUCUGAUGAGCACCGCCAGCCAGCAAGAGAUACAGGCGCUCGAUGGCAAAAUACACGACACGGUCGAGACGAUCCAGCAGCUGAAGACGAACCGGGAGUUUUUCCUGUCCUUCGCCAAAGAACCACACUCGUUCAUCCACCGGUGGAUCGUGUCGCAGCAGCGCGACCUCAAGAUGAUGACCGAUGUGGUCGGCAAUCCGGAGGAGGAACGGCGGGCCGAGUUUUACUACCAGCCGUGGGCGCAGGAAGCCGUGUCGCGCUACUUCUUCGCCAAGGUUAAUCAGAGACGGUCCGAGUUGGAGCAAGCACUCGGUAUUCGCCAUUCGUAA